AGUAACAAAGAACCCCAGCAGUGAACCAGUGAGCCAACAGGUUCUGUUCUUGCUGGUCUGAGUGAAAGACAUCCUAUCUCAGACCUACAACUCACUAAACUGGUGGAACCAAGUUACGGCUCAUCAUGGAAGUCAGACCUAUUGGGUGGAUCUGUGGACAGGUGGUGAAGAACUUCUCUGGAAGACUUGAGGGGCUCCAGAAGGCAAUCAUGGACCUUAUAGAUGAGUUUAAAGAUGAUCUCCCUAACAUCUUAGGAUUAUCAAAGUCUAAAGAGAAAAAAGAUCCAGUGCAGAAAACAUCUAAGGUCAAAAUGGCCCUUGCUUUAGCCAAGAUCAACCGUGGAACGUUAAUUCAAGGGUUAAACAGCAUAUCCAGCUCCUCCAAAUCUGUGGCCAAGCUUCUGCAGCCACGUCUGGCAUGCAGACUCUUAGAACUGAGGAGCAUAUCUCACCGGCUGCUGAGAGAGGUGAAUGUGGCAAGGCAACCCCUAAACAACAUACCGGUCAGAAAGGGCUCUUUGUUCGAAAUAAUUUCUUUUCCAGCAAAAACUGCCUUAACUAGCAUAAUGUAUGUUUCUUAUGCAGCACUAAUUUAUUUGGCAGUCUGUGUUAAUGCUGUGCUGGCAAAGAUAAAGAAGAUUUUCCAAGAAGAAGAAUCCAUAAGGCAAAAUACAGAGAGCGAGAAUUUUAGGAAAGCCUUUUCUGAGCCCGUGCUCCGGGAGCCCAUGUUUUCUGAAGGUGAAAUUAAAGCAAAACCUUACAGAUCAUUGCCAGAGAAGCCAGAGUACCUUCUAGAUCAAGUCAAGCCUCCUGCCAACAAGCAGAGUAACACGAUCCAGGUUUUACAUUCCGUGUUUGACCAAUCGUCUGAAUUGAAUGAAUUAGAAAUACAAACACAAAUACCACUUUAGAGAGCUUAAUAGUUACCUAUCCACAGGCAAAUUUCAUCAGACAUACAAAAAGACCAAUUUACAAAAGCUGAAUGUUCUUUUAAGAAGGGACAGGGUAGGGAAAACUAUGACAUCAUCUUCUUGUAUCUGUAUGGCAUAGAAAAUAAAAUGAAUCUCGAUGUACAAUAUA